AGAAGAGCCCCCCGUCCCCUACAUACAGUAAUCUCAUGUCGCCCAAACCAUGCUGACACCGUCUUCCCGGGCUAUACAACCUCCGCUAUGUCCAGAUCCAAGCAGCGCGUCGACUCCUCGUGUGCUCGACGCGCGAGUCGAACGCGCAAGACCAUGCGGUGUCCAUCCAACGCACUGAACUCGUAUGAGGUAUGGUUCCGCGACGAGUCUCCCGCCCAGAGCGUAGCGGUUGGGGGCAGCCUACGCGGCGCAGGCAAGCUGUUCAGUGCUGAAGGUCUUGAUGAUUCAUCCUCUUUGCGAACGUAUGUGACCCAUACUGGUACUUUGAUCCAGUGUCGCCCUAGACUCCGAUGCCGUGCUUUCUCCCAGCCGGCUCCAGCGCGGACGUGAAGGUGGUCCUCGCCCUUCGAGAGGACGAGGUGCUGUCGGCAUUGGUUCAUGAGAGAUGGUAUAGCCCCAUGUCGCGAGGGGGACGUCAAAAGAUAGCUGCCUGAGGGUAGAACUGGGCUCGAGCGACUGAGGUGCCACCGUCGGGAUGUAAGUUGUUUUCAGAGACACAGGGCAGGAUUUGAGCUGGGC